GUUGAUAGGUAUGUAUGAAUCAGCGAAGUAAAUAGAAAUUUAGUUGAGUAGCCGAUUUGUGCGCCACAUUAUUAUACCAUGAAUUGACAUUAAAAUAACAGGACUUACAGUAGUCACCAUUCUUUUUUGAAUUCCAUAUUGUAUGUGACUAUGCAUGAAUCUGAAAAUAUUUUAUAAAACCAGUGAAACACAUAAUACUGACGCUCGCUAGUAACGUUUUCUAUGUUCUCUCCGAUAAAAAAAACACUUAGGUUGGUAUUAAAGUGAACUACAAAUAAUUGAUGUUUAUUCAGAGUGACGACAAUCGGAAUGCAAACACUAAUAUAGAUUUGCGUAAUAAAGUAACUGUAACACCUUCAAUUCCAUUUCUUUCUUCAUCACCAUUAUCAUCAUCGUCAACAUCAUCAUCAAUUACCUUGAUUGGACAAAAUCAUAAUGGUAGUUUCACUUAUAGUGGAAUGACAAAUUAUUCAAAAUUUGACAAUAUCUCAUCUGAGCAUCCUAAUUCAAGUCAAAAGUGGUCACCAGAUCAUCAAUACAAUAAAUCAAUUAAUUCAAAUAGAUAUUCAUCUAAUAAAUAUAUGAGGAUUAAUCAAUAUUACAAUAUGGAAGAGUCGAUUACUAAUACUAUUGCUACUACACCUUCAUCUUCUAAUGAAUCAAAAAUUCAAAUUUUUAAAUCAAUCGAUAAUGAUGGUAGUAUUAGUAAUACAAAUCAAAUUGGAGGUAUUUGUGUAAACAAUAAUAAUUCUAUUACUACUAAUACUAAUAACAGUAAUAGUAAUAAUAUUGAAAUCGAUAUUGAUCUUUUUCGUUAUCCAUUAAGAGAAGUAAUGAAUCAAGAUUUAAUCGAUCUAUUACGAUCACAAAUAUCAAAAUUAUUAGAAGAAAAUGAAAAACUUGUUUCAAGAAUUGAUGAUUAUCGACAAAAAAUAGCAUUUAUUGAACGAGAGAAACGGGAAGCUGCAGCUGAUCCAUCCAAUGAAGUUUUAACACUACAAACUGAAUUGGGAGAAGCGCGUAUGCGAGAGGCGGAACUGACUAUAGCAUUUGAAGAACUGCAGCAUCGUAUAACAGCUAUUGAUCGUCUUAUAGAGACUGAUCCUGAAAUGGAGAACUUUUUCAAUGCUGUCACUAUAUCACCGACUAAUCUGUCUUUGAAGAAGCCAUCUCAAACACAUAGUUCCAGCCAGAACAGUUCACCAGCAAAAUAUGCCAACACUCAUCAAUCACCUCAGCAUAAUCUGUCUGAUGUAGAAGACCAGAGAAUGACACAUGAUAUUCGUUCAUCUCCAUAUUUAACUGAUGACAAUCCACAAAAGGUGGUUUCACCCUCCACCAAUAAAACAAUCUACAAUCGUGUAACCAACAACAACAAUUCUGGUCGGAUAUAUUCUCGUCUUCAAAAUGAAGCGUAUGCAGGUAAUUUUAACGGUGAUACUGAUGGUGAAUUCCCUCGAAAUAUUCAACGAUCAGGCCUGGAUUCUCCUCAGAGUGAUAGUGGUUGUAGUUUGGCUAGUCAUACCACAUUCGAUGGCAGAGAUGGUAUAGUCACACCAGCCUCAGGGAGAGGGACACUGGCUGUUGGAAUGGAGAAUUAUGACUAUAAUAAUAACCAUGGCAUUGGUCGGCGAAUAGCUCAGCAACACUACAAUCCCAAACGAGACAGAAGUCGUUGUGUUGGUGGUGAUGAUGAUGAAGAAAUGGAAACGGAGUCAAAAUCUAAUCGGCCAAGAGGAUUUGUUUCAUUACUACGUAGAAGUCGGAGUAGCGCUGCUGAUCAUGCAGCAAUGCAUGGGUUUCGAAGUGAACUUGUCUCACCUUCUUCUAACGACUACAGCAGAGCGUCAAUAGACACUCCAACACCAACAGAAUCAUGCGUUUCAGAAUCAGAACAAAAUGAUGCUUUUACGGACGAUCGAAGACCAGGCGAUCGUUUAAGUCGAUUGAGAGCUUCUCUCAGACAGUCCUUCGGAUGGCCUUCAUCGAAACCCGAUUUUCGAAUGGAGGCAUUUGCAGCCAGACAAGGUGAAGCUAGAGCUUUGUUGAAAUUGAGAGAAACUAGAAUGGAUGUUUUAAGAGUACAAUCCAGGUGUCAAACACUUCAACGUCAUAUUGAUCGCCUAGAAGCUAUCAACUCAUUUCGCAUGUCUGAACUAGAAGAUGCUGUCGCUAAUGACAGGGAACUAAGACAAGAAAUUAGAAAUCUACAAACUCGAAUCUUUCAACUGGAAGCUGAGUGAAUCGCUGCAAGAUGAGAUUCCUGGAUUUCCAAUGAGAAGUCGUGACCGGUGGGGCCAAACCAAUUGGGAUGUGGAAACAGUUACUCAACGUGGAUAUUGAAUGAAGGUUGCAUUAUAUUAUGAAAUGAUAGAAGUAAGAAAUGUGGAUCAUUCAAUUUGGACCCAGCGGCUCUGACUGUGGAACCUGAAGAUCCUUGGUUCGAUAUCUGGUGGACGAGAUUGUAGGUGUGCACUUCCGGGGAGUCCCAUACUAAGAUGAGAGAGCUUUCGAUUUCUCCCAGGUUUUCAAUGACUCUCCGUCUGAAGUCAGUCCAUGAUGGAUAUCAAUCAAAUGUAUGAGUCCUUACUACGUAACUGUUUUGAUUUGAUUGUACAACUAACACACUGAAAUGAUUACAAUUCCACCUGAUAAAAACUUCUAUUUCAUUUGAUCUCCAUUCAUGCAUAGCACUGACUGUCUCGAUGUUGAAGUAUUCUCACAUCGUGCCCUACCCUGGUUAUUGUAUUUCACUUAUUCUCAUGGAUUUAUAACUGCAGAGAUGAAGUUAUUGAAAAUAAUUUAUUCUUGUUCUGACUAACCUAUGGAGAUUUUUAAUUCGUAAAAGUUAUCAAACUUUUUGACACAUAUGAUUAACUCUGGUCAAUACUACAUCGCUUUCUUUCAUACGUUUACAACAAAAAGCAUCGAGAGUUUAAGGUUGGUCAACGUAUCAAAGAAAUGGAGUUGAUGAGUAAACUUGCUGAAUCCAAUAUGCGUCUGUCUCACGCUGAAAUGACUAAUCAACAGGCUAUUGUCUGGUCUCAGUUGAAUAAAGCACAUGAAGCAGCAGCUGAUCUUCUCACUCCAGCACAUUCUCAAACCUCUUUAGUAUCACCGUGUAUGCUGACAAUGGAUUCACCAUCUGUUUCACGAUAUACCACUGCAACCAGUAAUAACAAUAACAUGAGUAGCAAUAGUAAUGCCAAUAAAGAGGAUGGUGUAGAAAAUGGACGAAAUCGAAACAAUUUUUCGUCAAUUUCACGUUAUGGUGAUCUAAGAAGAGAUGUCAGUGGUCGAAAGUCUGAUUUAAGCAAAACGACAAUAUUUACAGAAUUUUCAGAUGGACAGUGCAAUUCAAACUAUGAUAGUGUAAUUGAUAAACGAUCAAUAAAGCCAGAGACAAUAUCAAUAUCCGGUCAAAGAAAUCAACAACAACAACAACAACAUCAGUAUCAUCCUUCCUGUCAUCAUACUUCAACUAGUAAUCGUGAUAGAUCAGUUGACUCCUUGUCAGAACUACGUUGAAUGCCAGAAAAAUGAGUAUCACACCUAAAUCAUCCGAUAUUACUCGGUAAUGAUAUUUAUCAAAUAGAUGGAAGGAGGUAUGAUACUAAAGCGUGUAGAUGACUUCAUUAACCUGUUUAUCCACUUGUUCAUCUGUCCACUUCAACUUAUCCCGCUAAUCCCAGCCACCCCCCCACCCCACCCCUAAGCCUUAGAGACAAAAAAUGUUAACUGUAAACUUCAUAUCUGUGUAUAUCCACUCCUUGAUUGCCAAUAUUCUUCUUUACUACCAUAUUGUAUCCUUUCUAUAACAGUCACAGUUGGUCAUCUUUGCCAAAAGUAACCCACAAUAAAUAGUUAAGCAUAUCAUAUAUACAUUUAAAAAAAUAAUAAAAAUAUUAUUUAUUAUUUAUACAUAAAACCAGUGUUUUCUUAUCUGUGAAAAUUUAUUCUGUAUUCUUUUCUACUUUAAAAGAAAAUAUUUGACAUCUUUUUUUUCCAAAUUUAUUCUUCUUCUUAUUGAUUUUUAUUUUAGUUGCCUAGUUCAUUUUAAACAGUAUAAUUUAUCAAAAAAAAAAUUUCAAAAUUCUCUACAAUAUAUAAAAUGACUAUUAUAUUGACAUUUUUAUUAUCAUCAUUCAUUUAUUGAUUUAAUUAAUUUGAAAUAUAUUUGUGCUUUUAUUAUUAUAUUGAUUUUUAUCUUGCUUGUACUACCCCCUACAUUUCUUCUUAGCAUUCAUAAUUAAUGAAUAUUCAUUAUCUAUUGUUAAGAUAUUUUCUUUUCAUUAUGGUUUCAUUGAUAUAAUUAAUGGCUGUGCAAUUAUUAUUAUUAUUCUUAUUCUUUUAAAGUGAAACAUUUGUUGAUUUCUCUCUUGAUGGUUUCAAAUUUUUCUAUUCUCUCUAGCAUAAAUGAAGUUUGAGGGCUUAUAAAAUUUCUUUUUCAAGUUUAAAUGAUUUUUAAGAUGAUAUUGACUAUUGGUGACAUAUACAAGACUUUAUUGUUAUGAUAAUGAUAAUUUGUCCCUUGAGUUCCUAGUGGAA